UGCAUUUGCACCACUUGGUCAUGCAAUCCAAGUUUUGUUUUUCUUUUUCUUUUUCUGACUCGGUGGAAGGUACUAAGCUAGUGGAGUGACUAGUGACUAAGUAGUGGUAUUCACUGUCUUCACAAACAAAGAGAAAGAACCACAAACACAUUCUGUGGAAGUGAGGGUGAGAAAGAAUGGUAAGAGAGACAAGUAUUACUUCCCCCCCUCAAGUGGACUAAAAUUCAAUUCCAAGGAGGUAUUUCGUUAUCUUGACAAUGUUCAGAACAAAGUCAGCAUCCAGAAAAUCUCUCCUAAUGAAUCUAGAUUAUAGUUGAGAAAGCUAUUGUGGAAGGGUUACCACCAGGAUGGGUGAAAAAGACCAGAAUCACAACAAAUGGAGAUUCAGUUAGAAGAGAUACGUUCUACAUUGACCCUGUAAAUGGGUAUACAUUCUGCUCAAUAGAAGAUGUUGAUCACUAUCUUGAAACUGGGAAGAUAGGAAGGAAUGAAUUCACGUCAAAAGAUAAAGAUGGCAGUGAUAUGGAGUUAAAAGCUGACAAAUCUCCUUCAAGAAGUGUAACCAUGAAACCAACAUUAUCAGUUAGCAAGGGUCAAAGCUCAGAUUUGGACAUGAUAGCUAAUGACCAACAGAUUCCAAGAUCUGCAAGUUCUGAAGAAUAUUUGGAUGUGCCCAUUUCUGAAUGUAUAUCCAAUCAGUGUGUGGUGGGGGCUGAACUGACCAAUUUAGUUAUAUCACGGGCUGAAAGUUCAGAUCAGAAACAAGGGAAGUUUGGUUUAGCUCAAAGCGCUUCAGUUUCAGGUUGCACUAACAAAGAUGUUGAAGAAAAGCAACUUCAAGAAAAUUCAGAGACAAAACAUGGCGCUGCAAAGGCCCAGGCCCAAGAUCACCAGUGGCAAAACAAGCACAAGAAAGAGAUCAAUUUGCCUCACCGUGCUUCAAAGCGUCUUGCUGGAAUUAAGGUUGGUCCUGUUCCAGAACUUAAAACAAGAAAUCGAGCACGUCGUGUUGCAAUUAAACAAUCAGAUAAGGAAGAAACCAUCAUCAUAAAUGUGGAUAAAUCUCCCAACAGCUUGUCUGGUGAUCUAGCAAAACAGAAAUUAAGUGGCACAGAUACUGAGAAGACUCUAGAAGUGCAAAUAAGUGACAAGGAUAAAAAAUGCUUCUCUUUUUCACCUCUGGAGAACAAUGCUACUGUGGAAGAGUGUGCAAGAGUCCUUGAAAAUGGAGAUAAAGUUGAUGCAAAGUUAGAUUACACCCUUGACUUUCCCCUUGGAGAACUACUAACAGACCCAUGUAUUGCAUUUGCAAUUCAAACUCUCACUGGAGUAACAUUUGAAGCCUCCAAAAACUCGCAAACUUCUUCCAACUUAAGAAACAGCCAGCAUUCCAAAACUUCUGCUCCCACCCUCGCCAGUGGCAAAGGCGAUGAUAAGAAAAGCAAUGAUGGAUUAGGUGACCGUGUGUUAUCAUCUCUAGAGAACCUUGCUAUUCCAAAAGAACAUGCCGGUGAUGACAAAACUGAUUCAAAGGCCAAGAAUGAGAAUGCAGGACCAUCUUCUGAAAAGACACUUGACAUGUCAUGGAUGGAUCCAUGCAUUGAAUUUGCAAUAAAAACACUCACUGACACCAUCCCAUCAGACUCUGCUGAUCAAAAUCCCAAGAACUGCAUCCAAUUGUCAAGUGUCUGUUUAGAUAACAUUUACCAAACUGACUACUCUUGCAGACAAUACUUUGGCACACAGAAACCAAUGUUUCAUAAACAGUCUUUUGUGGAUCCAUCACUGCAGCACACUAGAAAUAUUGGUAUUGUAAAUUCUGCUGCUGAAGCCAGACUCUAAGGAAUGUUUGUUAGAUCAGUAAACCAUCUUGUGCUUGAACUAACAUAAGAUUGUACAGUUAUGAAAACUCUAUAAAAAGCUUCCUACCCCAUGAAAGCUUUUAACCUAUCUCCCUUUGUUGUUAUUUUGUUCUGUGAAUCCUUUAAUUAGCUGAUUUUGUAGAACAUGCUAUGGGUAGUUGUCAGUUACUAUUAUGUUAGCUUGAUUGCA